AUGGGCUCACCAGACGCUAAAAAGCCAUUUUUCGGGCUUCGUGGAGGCUGGCUCACCUUUUGGCUCACAGUGGCAUGUGCUACUGACAUGACCCUUUUUGGUUACGAUCAAGGCGUGUUUAGCGGAGUGACAGUGACGCAGGACUUUCUCGAGCUCCACGACCUAGUCGGACCCUCAAGAACCCAAGUGCUUUCGACAGUGACCGCAAUUUACGAUAUUGGCUGUUUCUUUGGCGCGAUUGCUGCCUUUACAUGUGGCGAGCGGCUUGGGCGGAAGAAGGCUAUUUUGCUGGGAACGACGAUCAUGGCAAUUGGAACUAUUAUCAAGGCGAGCUCAUACAGUCUCGCCCAGAUGUUUGUUGGUCGGAUCGUCCUUGGUAUAGGAAACGGUAUCAAUACCACGACGGCCCCUGUCUGGCAGACCGAAACCGCGCACCACAAGUGGAGAGGGAAGUUGGUCAUCUUCGAGCUGGUAAUGAACAUCGCCGGCUUCUCUUUGGUGAAUUGGAUCAACUAUGGGCUCUCGUUCCGUGGAGGCGCGGUGGCAUGGCGGUUCCCUAUCGCCUUCCAAUUUGUCUUCAUUGUCAUUCUCUUUGCAACGGUCCCCUGGCUUCCCGAGUCACCUAGAUGGCUCAUGGAACAGGGCCGUGAAAAAGAAGCAGUAGAGAUACUGGCCGCGAUUGAGGACAAGCCCGUAACUGAUUCCUAUAUCCUGACGCAGCGCAAUGAGAUUCGCUUCAGUGUCCAGUACGAACGGGAGAAUGCGCCUACCUGGACCGAACUCUUCCUUCGCAAAAAGGGAACUAACGAUACCAAAAGCCUUCGACGGCUCCUCCUGGGCGCCGGCACACAGUUCAUGCAGCAAUUCGAAGGAAUCAACAUCAUGUCCUACUACAUGCCGCUCAUUCUCAUCAACGCGGUCGGCUUGUCGGAGAGUAUGGCCCGGCUUUUAUCUGCGUGCAAUUCAGUAUCGUAUCUGCUCUUCACCUGCCUUGCCGUGCCGUUGGUCGAACGCUGGGGCCGAAGAGGGCUGAUGCUCUUCUCUACUGCCGGGCAGGGCUUUUCAUUCCUCGUCAUCACCAUCCUGCUGCGGUACGCGGAGACAAGCCCUGACAAAGAAAAGAUCGCCUCGGCCUCGAUUGCAUUCUUCUUCCUCUACUUCAUCUCUUUUGGAAUGGGUAUGCUAGGUGUUCCGUGGCUCUACCCAACUGAGAUCAAUUCGCUUCCUAUGCGGAAUAAGGGCGCCGCUGUCGCCACGGCCACAAACUGGAUGACCAACUUUGUCGUCGUGGAAAUCACUCCCAUCGGUAUUCAGAAUAUCGGCUGGAGAUUUUGGAUCGUCUGGACAAUCUUUAAUGCCGGCUUCCUGCCGGUCAUUUACUUUUUAUACCCGGAAACCGCAAACCGCACGCUGGAAGACCUGGAUUCUUAUUAUCGUACUAACCCAUCCCUGGUUGUUACAGGGGACCCUGAUGCGACUUGCGUCAAGCGGCCGCUCAAAUAUAUCCAGCAUGAGGAUGAGGAGCUGCAGAAGAAUGCAAAGGGGAUAUCAAUGGAAGUCGAGGAGGUUAUAAAAUCUGAACCCCAAACGUAUAGCUAG